GUUUCAGUCAUACUCAGUCGCCUGACCACUUGCUGUCUUGACUGACACGGUCUUGCUGAGCAUUCAGCUUGCCUCAAGUCCGGGACAGAAUGAUCAAGUGUGCAGGAUGUCAAGAGAAAGAAGCCUCAAGGUUGGAAUGUCCAAAGUGUAAAAAGUUAGGCAUUGCAGGGUCUUUCUUCUGUACUCAGGAUUGCUUCAAGAAGUAUUGGAACGACCACAAAGUCAUACAUGAUAUCAUAAACAUCGCCGCGAAGGCAGAGGAGGAGAAGAGCGCCACUAUCCCACCCAACAUGCGCAACUACGCCUUCACAGGUACCAUUCGACCUGUCUACCCUUUGUCCCCUUACCGUGAAGUUCCAAAACACAUUCAAAGGCCAGAUUAUGCGGAUGAUCCUCGCGGCGUAUCGGCUUGUGAGAUGGCGGAGAGGCGGACAAUCCAGGUCUGCACACCGCAGGAGAUUGAAGGAAUUCGUAAAGUCUGCAGACUGUCCCGGGAUGUGCUGGAUAUCAUCGCUUCUCACGUCAGACCUGGAAUCACGACCGACGAAUUGGACAGAAUAUGCCACGAAGAGUGCAUCAAGCGAGAUGCGUAUCCUAGUCCAUUGAACUAUAACCGAUUCCCGAAGAGCGUCUGCACGAGUAUCAACGAGGUCAUCUGUCACGGUAUUCCGGAUCAACGUCCACUGGUGGAAGGCGAUAUCAUCAAUCUCGAUGUGUCUCUGUAUCAUGGAGGUUUCCACGGGGAUGUCAACGGGACAUAUCCCGUUGGUAAAGUCGACGAGGAAUCAGCGGAACUGAUGGCAACCACGAAACGGAGUAUGGAAGCUGCCAUUGCGAUCUGCAAACCUGGCGUCGCGUACAGAGACAUUGGAAAUAAAAUUGAGGAGAUCAUCAAGCCAAAAGGCUACGGGAUUGUCAGGCGGUAUACAGGGCACGGUAUACAUCAUCUGUUCCAUUGCUUGCCGAAUAUUGCUCAUUAUGGCGGCAGUAAGACACCGGGGAAGAUGGAAGUUGGACACGUAUUUACGAUCGAACCAAUGAUCAAUCUUGGGACUGAGAACCUGACCCACUGGAAGGACGACUGGACAGCCGUCACUCUAGACGGCAGACGCUCAGCCCAAUUCGAGGAGACCAUCUUAAUUACUGAGAAUGGGGCCGAGAUCCUGACGAGAUACUCAAAGAACAAGAAAAAGAAGAAGAAGACUGCCGGAGGCCAAGCAGCAAACGGUGUGGCUGAUGGAGACGAUACACCGGAAGGAGCUGCGACACCCACAGCCGCCCAAGCUGCUCAAGGUGUAGAGAGCCUUAAAGUCGAGUAAACCACCAAAGGGAGGAGGAAGUAUCUUUGAGUCAGUCGUACCAUUGAUCAUCCAAGAUCCUAGAUGUACAAGAUGCAC